AUGUCCACCAGCCUGACCACUUGUGAAUGGAAGAAAGUCUUCUACGAGAAGAUGGAGGUGGCAAAGCCAGCAGACAGCUGGGAACUCAUCAUAGACCCCAACCUCAAGCCCAAUGAGCUGAGCCCAGGCUGGAAACAGUAUCUGGAGCAGCAUGCCUCAGGCAGGUUCCACUGCUCCUGGUGCUGGCACACCUGGCAGUCUGCCAAUGUAGUCAUCCUCUUCCACAUGCACCUGGACCGUGCCCAGCGUGUUGGUUCGGUGCGCAUGCGCGUGUUCAAGCAGCUGUGCUACCAGUGCGGCACCUCACGGCUGGACGAGUCCAGCAUGCUGGAGGAAAACAUUGAGGGCCUGGUGGACAACCUCAUCACCAGUCUGCGCGAGCAGUGCUACGACGAGGAUGGUGGCCAGUACCGCAUCCACGUGGCCAGCCGGCCGGACAGUGGGUUGCACCGCAGUGAGUUCUGCGAGGCCUGCCAGGAAGGCAUCGUGCACUGGAAACCGAGCGAGAAGCUUCUGGAGGAGGAUGGCGCCUAUACCGAUGCCUCCAAGAGGAAGACCCAGGCCGCUUUUGCCUACAACUUCUUCUCAUUUCGCUGGUGCCUGUUUUGGGGAGCCCUCUGCUUGGUCAUUGUCUACCUGCAGUUCUUCCGAGGCCGCUCUGGCUUCCUGUAA